AUGCCUUCUCCAGCCAGCUCUCGUACUGUCUACUUUGGCUACGGCUCCAACCUCUGGCGUGACCAGAUGCGUAAGCGCUGUCCAGAGUCUACCUACGUAGGCGUUGGCCGCCUUGACAAAUAUCGCUGGAUCAUUAGUGAACGGGGCUACGCGAACGUCGUGCCCUCUUCCCCCUCCUCGAAUGACUACGUCUACGGACUCAUCUACACCCUCUCUUCAAGUGAUGAGAGGCGACUGGAUGUGAAUGAGGGCGUGCCCGAGACAUACGCGAAAGAGAUGAUCGAUGUCAGAACAUGGUCCGAGGCGCAAUUAAAGAAGGUGGGAAGCUUGAAGCAGGAAGAUUCUAAACCGGAGAAGAUGCUGGUGUACGUGGAUCAUAAGCGAUUGGAAGAGGCGAAGCCCAAGAAAGAGUAUAUCUACAGGAUGAACAUGGGCAUCCAUGAUGCGAUUGCUGCUGGAGUACCGCGGUCGUAUGUAGAUGAGGUGAUGAGGAGAUUCAUACCGCCUCAAGAAGAUGAAGAUGGGGGAGCUAGACAGUUGGCGGAGAAGCAGGCGGAGAAUUUUGAAGAAGAAUGA